AUGGUGAGAGCAUGGGGAAAACCAUAUCCGGUCUCACCUUUAAUAAGAGGAUUACGUUACGUAUUUCUAAUUGCUGGUUUUUUUUAUGGUCUGUCCAAAAAAGGAAUUUACGGAGUACAAGAACGAGCAUACCGUGAGGAACAAGCAAGACUAAAAGUUAUCCGUGACAGAGAAUUGGCUCUUUUGAAAGCGAAAAUUGCAAGGGAGGAGGCUAUAGCGGUAAAGAAACUGGAAUCAGGAACAUUGUUCGACGAAUUGUAA